UGCGAGGACAGAGCAGACCAGCCGAGAGCAACCGGGACAGAACCACGUCACCCGGCCGCCCAUUCACCAUGACCGACACGCGCAGCUCUUCAGUUGGUAAGGACACUAAGCCCCUUACCUUCCGCAGUCAGAAGGAGAUGUUCAUGAAAAUGGAGGAGUCAUUUAAAUUCUGUGCAAGAUGUGGGAAAAAGCCCUCAGAGGCAGCAGAAUCUCUUAAACGCUGUGCAAGGUGUUUGAAUGUGUAUUACUGCAGUAAGGACUGUCAAAAGGAGGACUGGUCUGUACACAAGCGAUAUUGUCCACAGCUGCACAAAGCUGCCAUAGACAGACUCGUUGAGUGGCUCAUCUAUCAGGGAGACCUGCCCUUCCACACGGAGGCGUGGGCUCGUCCUGUUAAAGACAUACGGUGCUGGGAGAACUGGCUGUCGAUGCAGGGUGACCUCACGCCCCGGCUGGAGCCCAUCCUGUCCAGCAAAAACAUGACAGACCUCUGGGCCAAUGCUUGCCGGACACGCCCUGAUGAGGUGGAGCUUCGUGAGUCUGUGUGGCGUGUUUGUAGUGAGUUCUUCUCACGUCCACUGACUAUUGGAAUGGCAAUGCAGAUGUUCAGCCUGACCCCCUAUUCACGACCCAUGACCAUCCACGUGGUAGGGGCAGGUAACACAGAGACCCUGGGAGCCAGGACCACAGACUUGGACGAACUGAGCCACAUGUUUCCCGGCCACCAGGGCCUGGAGGUGGUGAUGGUUGGGCCGGAGGUGGUCCAGGGGCCCAUCAUGAGGCCACCGCUGAGGGCGUUUGGGCCCAGAGGACGGGUUUACAUCAGUGCCUACAAGGGCCUCUACCACCAGUUCUGGGAGGAAGUCAUUGAGAAAGGAGAGGCAGCCAAACCGGACCUUGUGGUGGGAUUUCAUCCAGGGUUUGAUUCCAGUCAGAGUAUGUCGGACGGCUGGCUACCCACGCUGCUCCUGCUGAGGGACUACAAUAUCCCCACCAUGUUCACCAUGAGCAAUGACGGUGAGCUGCAGUACUCUCUGCAGAUCCUGCUGGAGUUGGAGAUGGACAUUAAGGGCACUGGGCCGAACCCCUUCAGUUCCCAGAAGGCCGAGCAGGUGCAGUCCUGCCCCAACAAACAGCCCAGCUACUGCAACGCCUUCUACCUCUACUUCCAGGGUCUGCUGGACACGGCGCUGGAGGAGGAGCUGGAGCAGUAGAACAUAAAGCUGCUCUAGUGCUGGUUCUUCACACAUACUGCUAUCAGAACAAGCCGUGCAUGCAAAUGAGUUUCCUCUUGUUAUUAUAUACAUUUCAUACAUUUUUGUUUUUAUAUAUGAUCUCUCUGAGAGUGGUGAUUAUCUAUAAUAUGAAAAAUGAAUGAAACUGUUUUCUAGCGUUCUGGACUGUAGUACUUGGCCACCUCACCAUGUUAUAGAUCAGAAUUCCAGCACUCCGUGAUGCUUUGAGUGACUCCUGGACUUCCAGCGAAGCGUAAUAACACAGAGCUGAAUCCUUACCUAACACACACACACACACACACACACACAUUUUCUA